AUGGCGGCUCUUUUGGAAAGUGUCCUGGCGAGGACAGUGGACAUCGAGCCGGUCACCGCCUGGCUCAGGACCCGGAAGGAGAAUGACAGGCUGUCCUUCAGUAAAUCCGGGCUGACGGUUCACAAGCAGGAGUUUGUCCCUUUCCUUUUGAACUUCCUGAGAGAGCAGAGCAGCAAAGCCCUCACCCACGGCCCCACCACGCCGGCCAAGACCCCCAGCCGCCACAGGCCUGCUGCUCACACACAGGGCGUCACCGACAGGAGGGCUUGCAGGUCUGCUGAUGACGGAGCCGGGUCGAGGAGUGCCAGCCGGGUCCAGCUGUUCUCUCAGCCCAACACGUCCGUGUCCCCGGGGACCGAGUGGGAGGCGGCUGCUCAGUCCGAGUCCCACUGUCUCAGCGGGGUCAGCGCCCUCAGCAGCCCCUCCUCCUUCACCCCGACAUGGAGCCCCGCCUCCAGGCCCUCAGGGUCCGAGCGCCGGCCCAGCCAGAGGAUCAGUCUCGGGGACUACAUGGUUUCCCCUCCGGACCAACACCACAGCCCCAACCUGCAGACGCAGAAGGGCCGCAGGAAGAGUGGGACGGGCAUGGCCGGACAAGGAAGACAGGGAGGAGGACGCGGAGGACAUCACAGCGAGGAGAGUGUACGGUGGGACAGUGGGGGGAAGCGGUCAGGUAGAGGAGGAGGAGGAGGAGGAGGAGGGUACAGUAGGUUGAAUGAACAGGUCUCACCUCCGUCUGUGGGGCAGCUCAACUUUAACAACUUGGAGGAUUUCCCUCCUGUUGGGUCGUCACCUGUUUCUCCAGCGGCGUCCAAACCAUCAAGGAGAAUAAACCCAACACCAGUCAGUGCAGAGCGGCCACACUCCAAACUAAAGACCUGUUUCACCUCCACACCAUUCACGAAGACUACUUCCCCCCCGCCGGGGAUGGAAGCUCUUCAGGGUCUGAUGACAGUGGGCAGCCCGCUGAGCCUGCAGGAAGAGAGGGAGCUUCUGAAGAAGGAGAAGUCCAAGCGAGCCCAGCAGGUCGUUUCUCCUUUGCCGCCGUCCCUGGACCCCUGCACCCCGACCAAGGCCGGGUUUAGGAUCGGGUCUAAAGUUACACCAGACCAGCAGACCUCGAGUCCUGAACCGUCCAAAGUCACCUUCUCCUCGGAGCUGGAUAUCCUGGCAGAACUGUAUUGUACCUGCAUUUCUGAAAACCUGGUGCCAAACAUCUUCCUGGAGCUUUUCUUUGUGAUGCAGUUGUUGACGUCUCGGUCGCCUCUCUCUCCCAUAAGUGAUGAACAGGAAAGCUUGUUUUCUGUAAAUGCAGAUGUUCUGGAGCGAUGUUACCUGCGACAAGUACACAACUGUGUGUAUUUUGCAGUGAAGGUUCUGGAGAAGCAGUUUCAGUUGGUGGCUCAUUUGGACAAGUGUACGCUGCGUCUGCUGGCAGAGAACGAGAGGAUGGCGUCUUUCUCUCCGGAUCUCAGGGACCUUCUCGCUCAAGCCCAGGACAGAAGCACAGCCAAGCUCUCUCCCUCAGCUUCUACUUUCAUCCACUCAGUCCCGUUCCGUCCUGCCACAGACAACAGGUCCAACUUCGGUAGUGACAAGGCCUUCCACACUUUUAAAAAACAGAGAGAUAUUUUUUAUGAAAUCCUGCGAGAAUGGGAGGAUUUUCACUCGGAACCAGGAUGGAACUUUGCUUCUUCUUUAGGAAACAGAAUACGAGGAAUGAUGAAUCAAUUGACCGCUGCUGGAAACCAUUCUCAUUUUGCGCGGCUGUUCCUGAAGCAGCUCAUUCAGAUGUGUAAAGGCCCCCGUGUGAACAGCUCCCCCGGAGAUGCCCCUGACAACGACCUGCUCGGCAUGCUGGGAGCUGACGGCUUGGGGCGUCUGAAGCGUCUCGAAGAGCGUCUCAUUCAGCCUCAAGGAGUCGUUGGUCCUUGUCCUCCUCCGUCCUUCCCCGGCCACCAGGAGUUCUUCAGUGACUUUCUCCAGGCGGCGAGCUGCUGCCAGCUGAACCAGCACCUGCAGGACAGCCUGUGUCAGCAGCUCCUCCAGCUUGACGAGGUGUCCAUCCUCAGCCCCCCCGCUCCCACUGCAGAGGGAGAGGAGGAGGGGGACGGAGACAUGGAGCAGCAGGACGAGAAGCAGCGUUUCACCUCCGUGCUCCUCCUCGCUCGACUCCUGGCUAAGUUUCUAGGAUUCAUUUCUUUCCUUCCUUACCAAACAUCUGAGAGACCGUCCAGAGAGAUUCAAGAGACUGCGUUAGCGCUGCGAAGCAAGAGUGUUCCAGUGCUGGAUGUUUGUGCUGUGCUGAGUAACAGUGUGAAAAGAGGCCGAACCAUCCUGACGGUCCCCUGGCUCGUGGAGUUCCUCUCCAUGUUGGACUCUACCGGGCCACUGCUGCUCUGCUACAGGACAGCACUAGGCACGCUGCUUCUCCUGUACAGGAGAAUGUUGCUGAGAGGAAGUGGAGACAUGUGCUACCUGAACAAACUGCUCAUGCUGUCUGUGUUAGGAUGGCUCUUCCAGAUUCCUGUGAUCCCUGAGGACAUCUUCUUCACCAGUGAGUUCACUGAGGUCGCUAAGCUGGAGGACGGCAACACAAGCAGCACAGGACUCGACUGUAUCCCCCUGGUGGAUCAGCAGCUUCUCUAUACAUGUUGUCCUUUUCUUGGUGAGUUUCGUAAGCUCCUCGCAGCCUUCGUGUCCGGGAGCACGGCCAAGAGCGGAGGAAUUAUCCGCAAGAUCACACCCACGUCAGCUGAGCUCAGGGAUACGCCCGCUGCCAACCGGUCACAUCAGAAACUACACGUGGACCUGGAACAAGCCUUCUUCCACAACCAGCCUCCGUCGCUGCGUCGCACCGUGGAGUUCGUGGCCGAGAGAAUCGGAUCCAACGGCGUCAAGCACAUGAAAGCUACGUUGGUGAAUGAGUUGGUGGAGAGAGGAGAGAAGAUGCUGAGAGACGGACUGGAGAUGCCCAACUCGCAGCCGUCCAAACUGAAUGAAUCCAUCUGCGCUCAGCUGUGUGUUGCAGGAUUGGAGGCCCUGCCGAAAGCCACCAGGUUUUGUUGUGAGAAGAGUCCUGAAGCCAUAAGAAUUCUGCUGCCGGAUGAGACCUCUCCUGCUGUCCUGACCACAUCGGAGAACAUCACCAAACGUCUUGCGACAGAAAAGGCCUGCAGCUGGCUCUCUGCUAACAUCACAGCGCUCAUAAGGCGCGAGUGGAAGAGCAGAUAUGAUCGUGUGAUGAAGGCGGUGGGCAGCCCGGCGGCUCCCGACUCGGGGGACGUGGUGGAGUUGGUCGCCCAGGAGCAGUCAACAACUCCCAAGAGAAAACCAGGAAGUGAGCGAGUAAUCUCCUGCCCCCCCCACUGCAGCCACAGUGCCUCGCUGCCUUCAGACAUCCUCAUUGAGUUGAAGGAGUUGUUGAGCAUCGCCGUCGGCCCGAGGACCGAUGGGGAGCUGCCAACAGACUCUCAGCUGAGAACACUGCUGCACAGAGUGGGGGAGGCUCUGGCCUGCAGGAAGUUUUCAACUGUGAUGUCGGAGCUGAUGCUUCUGAACACGACCGUCCUGCUGGCCUGCAAACUGGUGUCUGCAGAGCUGCCGGUGCUGCCUGUGUCUGUGUGCAGCGGAGGGGGGGAAGUGACCGCGGCCCCCGGUGCAGGUUCAGAGCCUCCUGUCAGAUCGCUACUGGAGCAACUCGCUGAGCUGUGGGAGAGAGACUGCUGCUCCUCCGCCCCGCUCCACCUGCUCUUCAGCCCACUCACCGUCUCUGCUGUCCUGAAAGCCAACGACACCGAGUGGAACAACUACCUGUUCCUGGUCAGACAGCUGGUGGACAGAGGGAUUCUGAGCGAGGAGGAGGUCAUAUCUCAUUGGAGGAAGCUAACAAACUUGGCCCUGCCGUCGGAGCUGAUAGAGAAAUUUCAGCUGCAGUCUCAGAGAAUUAAACUCUCCUCGCCUCUGGCUGAGCUCCCUAGUCACAUGGACAUGCUGCAGGUCUCGCCUCAGACUGUAGAGGGCGCUACGUGACAACGAUAACCCCGGCACAUUGUCCCCUGACAUCUCCUGUGUGAUCACCACAGUGUUUUAAGUCACAUCUGUCAGCGUGGUGUUCAAGGGGAAGAGACACUUCUGGGUGAAUUCAUGGAUGUUGACCACUUUUCCAGCUCCUGCUCAGCGAACUUCAGACUUUUGUUCCUCUCCUUCUUGUGAAGUGUCGGCAGCCUUUCAUGAAUCCCUCUGCUCUUUUGCUGAGGUGCUGGCGAGAACCAGAAAGCCCUGCCAGUCAGCUGUAGAAGCAAGGGACCUCAACAGCUCUUACCUUAGAUCUUAGAACCUUCCUGCAAGCAAACCUGUAUACCAUGUUGUGUGUCUGAGGGGAAAUACUCAGAGAUCAAGCCUUUCAAACAGUCGAGAGCGUAGCCGAGCGUUAGCGGAGACAGGAGAGGAGAGACAAACACGGGUAUUUGGGAGUUUCUUCCAGCCGAGAAUGUAAACCGAGCAACUUUGUCUCUGUGCAUUUCCUCGUGUUGACACCCAAGUUUCCAGCAAAGAUUCCAGAAACAUUUCAUUAGACAGUUUCUAAAAAUGGACUGAGGAUGAAUUUAUUCCUUAUUUUAGACCAAACAGAGAAAUGAAACGUCUUAAUUUUAGUGUAGCACUUUCACAAACUGCCUUUGACCGUCACUACUCGUGAAUUGCAUGUUUCUCUCAUGAAAGCGAGACUGCAUUUGUGAUCGUUUUUGUUCAUGUUAUAUGAGCACCAUAUUUUCUGCUGCUUUUAAAAACGAAGUAUUUUUUAUGUUGCCACAAAGUAUAACAGUGAUAAUAAAGAUGUAUUCUGGU